AUGGAGAAGAUGGAAAGCGAAGAGCAUAAGGAGUUGAAGGAGACAAAGGCAGCAGAAAAAGUCAGGUACCGUGGCGUCCGACGGCGGCCGUGGGGGAAGUAUGCGGCGGAGAUCAGAGACCCUUCUAAGCAAGGUUCAAGGUUGUGGUUGGGAACCUUUGAGAGUGCAGAAGAGGCAGCUAGGGCAUAUGAUCAUGCAGCUUUUGCCAUAAGGGGUCGUGUUGCAAUUUUGAAUUUUCCUAAUGAGUACCGUUCUCAUGUUAGGGUUUAUCCUCAAAAUAUACCAUCACCAUCGUCGUCGUCAUCAUCAUCCAUUACUCAUGCAAAUGGUGGACAGCAAAGACAGGUUUUUGAGUUUGAGUAUUUGGAUGAUAAGGUGUUGGAGGAGCUUCUUCAGUUUGAAGAGAAGAAUAACAAAGAAAGUUGA